AUGGAGUACAUGGUCCGGUUGGCUCAAUGCCAUGAAACUUUUCGGGUGCCGGAACUUCAGGCCGUGGCCACGCUCGUCGGUGUCGAUCUCGAAAUUGUCUCUUACGACGAAUAUUCGCCAUACUGCAUUGUGAAACUUGAAAAUGAUGAAGCAGCACGCAAGCUGAUCUCACGCACCAUCCUUGCUAAAGACAUCUCGGAGCUUUGGGGCCAAGGCACCAACUAUGAUGAACUUCAUGCCGAUGUGAAAAAGCGGACUUCGCACCGCUGGGCUGACUACAACGACAUACCGUUUGCAUUUGCACUGUAUGGGUUCUCCGGGAAACGCACCCAAGAAAAAAGAGUAGAGAUUAUUAAAUCAUUCUCCUACACGGGGUUGACUGGCCCUGUCCAACUGAAGAACCCUCCCUUACAGUUCAUCGUGAUGGAGGAGUACAUUGGAGACCCCGAGGCAAGCGCCCUAGGCGUAUCACGGAUCACGGAACCGCGAAAGGUCUUCCUUGGUCGCUUCAUUGCCAACAGCGCCCGCGAUGCCAUUGAUAAGUAUGAUCUCAAGAAGCGCCAGUAUAUCAGCACUACCUCCAUGGAUGCGGAACUCAGUCUGGUCACCGCGAACAUGGCACUCGCGGCACCUGGAAAGGUUCUCUAUGAUCCGUUUGUCGGAACAGGCAGCUUCAUGGUCGCUGCAUCGCACUUUGGAGCGCUGACUCUUGGCUCGGAUAUCGAUCCUCGGAGUUUCCGUGGAAAGGAUGAGGAGAAGGGAAUGGGGAAGAACGUCCAAGCAAACUUCCAGCAAUAUGGUAUCGAGAGCAAGUUCUUGGACACUUUCACUUCGGAUCUGACCAACACGCCUUUACGAAAUGCUCAAUUGCUCGACGGUAUUAUCUGCGACCCACCCUAUGGUGUGCGAGAAGGUCUCCGGGUCCUGGGCACGCGCGAUGGGAAGGUCAUUGAGCCAGUCGUGAUUGAUGGGGUUCUUAACUACUAUCGACCUGGGUAUAUCCCUCCCAAGCGGCCUUACGGAUUCGAAGCCAUACAAAGAGACGUCCUUGAUUUCGCAGUUCGCUCGCUUGUCCCUAAUGGACGUCUGACUAUGUGGAUGCCCACUACAAACGACGAGGCCAAGGAGUUCCCAGUGCCCAUGCACCCAAACCUUGAGGUGAUCGCUGUCUCGGUUCAGUAUUUCAGUAAUUGGGCCCGACGACUCAUGACUUACCGCCGCCUUCCUGAAGGCGAAGUCUCCGACAUCUCCAAGGGGAGAAGCAAUGCUGAUCAGCGUGGCAUCACUGCAGAUGAGCUCAACGGGUUCCGCCGGAAGGUAUGUGCCUACCUAUGA